CAGUAUAUAGGGUUAAUUAUAUCGUAUCACACUAAUGACAACUCAAUUACGUUAACAAUGGCUGCUGCUAUCAACUGGAAUACAUCACAAACUCUCCUCUUUCCCUUGCUCCUGUUCUGUCUUCCAAUAUUAUCUCAUUCAAUUCACUUUCAAAUAACUCGGUUUGUCCCAAAUGACCCAAGAGUUCUUUACCAAGGAGACGCAGCACCAUCAGUAGGAGCCGUUGAGUUUAACGACGUCGGUUACCUAUGUCGUACCGGCCGAGUCAUCUCGGCAGAACCUCUACGCCUUUGGGAUGCCUGUACCAAAACCCUCACCGACUUCACUUCUCGUUUCUCAUUCACCAUAGACACACUCGGCCGGGCCAACUACGCAGCAGGCCUAGCCUUCUUCCUCGCCCCAGUGGGCUACCAAAUCCCACCCAACUCCGCUGGUGGUUUUCUUGGCCUCUUCAACACCACCACCAGUGAUUUAUCAAAGAAUCAGAUUGUUACCGUUGAAUUCGACUCUUUCGCAAACCCGGAAUGGGAUCCUUCGGCUGCGCACGUGGGGAUCAACUACAACUCCAUAGCUUCUGCUACCUACACUCCUUGGAACGCCAGCUACCACAGUCGUGACACUGCUGAUGCGUUGAUUAGCUAUAACGCCACUACUAAGAAUUUGAGUGUCGUUUGGUCGUACCGAACCACUUCUACUAAGACAGAAAACACAAGCCUUUCUUACCGGAUGAACUUGAUGAAAAUUCUACCCGAAUGGGUCACCGUUGGUUUCUCAGCUGCGACAAGCCAUCUUGUAGAACGACAUGUGCUUCAGUCAUGGGAGUUCAGCUCGAGUUUGGUUGUUAAGGAGAGAAGUAACCGAUUUACUCAGAAGGGGAGGUUUAUUGUUAGCUUUUCAGUUUCAGGAGCAGUUUUGAUAGCGGGAGUAGGACUGAUUAUAGCAUUUGUAGUAUUGAGAAAACGAAAAAGAAACAGGGGACAAGCAGAGGCCGAAAACUUGACAUCAGUUAACUAUGAUCUCGAAAGAGGAGCAGGAGUACCACGAAGGUUUUCUUACGAAGAUUUAGCUUCAGCUACGAACAACUUUUCGAGUGAGAGGAAGUUAGGAGAAGGAGGAUUUGGAGCCGUUUAUAGGGGGUACUUAAGAGAUUUAGAUAUGUUGGUGGCCGUGAAGAAAAUUUCACGAGGCUCCAAACAGGGGAAGAAAGAGUACUUGACAGAGGUGAAGGUCAUUAGCAGUUUGAGGCACCGGAAUUUGGUGCAACUCAUUGGAUGGUGUCAUGAUAGAAGUGAAUUUCUGCUCGUGUACGAGUUUAUGCCAAAUGGGAGCCUUGAUUCUCACCUCUUUGGUCGAAGAAGUCCUCUAACUUGGGCUGUAAGAUACAAGAUUUCUCUUGGAAUAGCCUCUGCCUUGCUCUAUCUUCAUGAAGAGUGGGAGCAAUGUGUGGUUCACCGAGAUAUCAAAUCAAGCAAUGUAAUGCUAGAUUCUAGCUUUAACGUCAAGCUUAGUGAUUUCGGGUUAGCUCGGCUUAUGGACCAUGAGCUUGGUCCCCAAACAACAGGGUUGGUUGGAACAUUAGGCUACUUGGCUCCCGAGUAUAUUAGUACAAGGAAAGCUAGUAAAGAGUCUGAUGUCUAUAGCUUUGGAGUGGUGGCCUUAGAAAUUGCCACUGGAAAGAGAGCAACGUAUAUAAUGGAUAACGAUUCAGAAAUGGGAUUGGUGGAGUGGGUUUGGGAUCUUUAUGGGAAAGGUGAGCUUAUUUUGGCUAUGGAAGGGAGGCUUCAUAUAGGUUCUGACCAAAAACAAGUGGAGAAUUUGAUGAUUGUUGGGCUGUGGUGUGCUCACCCAGAUCGAAACUUCAGGCCAACUAUAAGGCAAGCACUUCAAGUUCUAAAGUUGGAGGCUGCUUUGCCUAAUCUUCCAACAAAGAUGCCUGUUGCUGUGUACCAAAUACCUACACCCUCACUCAGCUCUGGCGACCCUUUGAUAACUACAAGCCUUGAAGUUGAUGGUCGUUAAAUUAGGCACUUAAUAUUAUAGCUUUACUUGUUUCAAUUAUAAUGCCUUUCUCAUUGUAGUCUAUUAUGAUGUUAUUUUGGAUUUCUUUGGUUGAAUGAAAUUUUAA